AUGCCGCACCCUCGCCGCGUUGGAGCCGGGCGUUUGCUGUUCCCAUUGUUGACCAACUUUGGUUUCUAUCCAUUUUAUGUACCACACACUAAAAUGUGCGCCACACGAAAUGCUUCUUCCUUAUUUGACAAUUCUCUGGCGGAAGCCUCGUCCGCCCUCACAACAGUCGGCCCCGUGCGCCGUCGGCCUGCGACCUACAGCGAGCAUAUUCUACUGAAACCCGGAAAACUAUCAUCUACGUGUGCGCAUUCCCGUCCCAGGCGACUCCCGCGUCCCGUUCUCCUUUCUGGCCGCCGCAAGACAGAGGUAAGAAUCCCGUAA